AUGGACAAUGAGUGUGAGUUUCGUAAAAUUCUUCUCGACACAAAAUUUAAAUUGUCAGACGAUGAUAAACAAAAUCUAAUGUUUAUCAUUGGAUCGGAUGUUGCAAAAAAUUUAGAAAAUAGUGAAUUAACUAAAGUAUUUGAAGCAUUAAUCCAACGAAACAAACUUUCAUCAAACGAUUUGAAUUAUUUAAUUGUUCGAUUAGAAACAAUAAAACGACAUGACUUAGCAGAAAAUUUAAAACGUAAUUAG